AUGGCAGAUCGCUUGACUGAACUCCAAGACGCCGUAAAUUUGCAAGCUCAGAAUUUGUGUAACGCUGUCGGUGUUGUACAACAAGUUGCUCAACCCAGUUUUUUCCCCGAAUUAAAUUGGACCGCCAGGGCCUCAAGACCAGAAUACCAGGCUUUAUUCCCUGAUCAAAAUCAGCAAGGAGAUAUCGCCUUCAACUUUGCCUCAGCUAUUGCUGCAACUGCGAAACAGAUUGAGAUCUUAAUAAACUCCCUGCCUGGCGAGGAGGUCUCUGCAGAACUCCAAGACGAGGCCAACCGGCGACACCUUCGAGACUACCGUGCGGAGAGUGCCAAACUCGUGCAACUGAUAACACACGGUUUUCAGCACCGUCUUUCCGCCGUUCGCCGACUUCUGUCUCGCAUCGCGGAAACACAGCUCCUGGCUCGAACACUAGAAAACGAAGUGAGUUCAUGA